GUUGGCUCCUUUAUAAAUAUCUGUUUCACAUAGCUGUUACAAAGUGUGCCUCGCUUCUAACGUCACCGACUCGGUUGCCAUCAGCGAGUGAGUGGUCUCAGCAUCAACAAAGACUCAGCAAACAGAGGAAAAAUGGGUCGUGGUGUGAGUGCUGGUGGUGGUCAGAGUUCCUUGGGUUACCUCUUCGGCAGUGGAGAGCCUGCCAGCAAUGUUCAAAGUGCUAACCAGCCUGCAAGUGGUGCACGCACUCAAAAUGCACCAGCACCGGCACCAGCACCAGCACCAGCAACUAGUGCUCCUUCACCACCAGUUGAAAAGCAGCUAAGUCCAGCACCAGUUGAAAAGCAAAUUCCUGCUGGAAUUCCUGGAAGUCUCAAAAACAAUUACCAUCGUGCUGAUGGCCAAAACUGUGGCAACUUUCUCACUGAUCGGCCAUCUACCAAGGUUCAUGCUGCUCCAGGUGGUGGAUCUUCCUUGGGAUACCUCUUUGGUGGUCCUCCAGGGAACUAAUUAAUUCAUGGCUGUGGUUGAAAUCUACCAUGUGAUGAUGUAUACUAUCAUGUGUAAAAUAGAUAGUGUUGUCAUUGCUUUAUGUUUAGACCAGUCAAAACUUUCUUCUUCUUCUUCUUCUCUUGACAAUGUUGCUUUGUUGUUCUGUGCUAUUGUGUGGGUUUCAAUUAAGGAGUUUACUGUGCUAAUGAUCUAAAGUUCUAUUAUGAAAUCAAGUUCAAAUUUUAUAGUGGUUU